GAUGGUUCGGGCUUUUGCGCUUGCGUUCGUGUGACGUACGUGGUGCAACACCACCACGAGGAGUCGGUGUUUGAAGCAUUGGCUAUUCCUGGCAGUGUUCAGUGCGACUUGGUCUGGUCUUCUCAAUUUGUCUUUUCAUCUAUUUCUUCUUCUUCAUGUUCCUUGGGCCCGUGAUUGGCAAUACCCUCGCUGGAGGCUAGGCCAGUGAAUGAGUGCAUUCUGACACGUGCGCCAGGAUGUAGAGAUGCUCGGUUAAAUUUCGUAUUAUUUAAUCUGUGUUGUGUUGGUGAAAUUAGCGAUUUAACGGGAUUAGUCUUCAUGAUCUUGACCGGUUAUCUACUUAAGUGGGUGACAAAAGAUGGAUCAAGUGUCAGUGGGAGUUGAGAUUAUUCUGAAAAUUUACAUGCCUUUGGAGCUUGAAAGAUUCCCAGUAUUUUGAAACAAUCCCUGAAAAUUUGAUUGGAUGCAAACGAACUAUUUCUAAAUUUUGAGAAUAAUUUCCCUAAGAAAUAAAAGAAAGAAAGAAUCGAGCGAAAUUGUUGACUGAUAAUUUCUGGAAGUUUUGCGUUUUGAAUCGGUAAAUGCGAAUAUUUGUUGGACCCGGGGAUUUUCAAAAAUUUCAGGUACUCCUUCAGCGAAUAAAUGCAGAACAAGUGACACUCAUUAAAAAAAUUACUGACGAUUUGAUGCUCGGCUCGAAUAAUCAUUUAAUUUUGCCAUUGGAUUCGAUCGAAAUCUUGGCAAGUGUUGAUUUACCGGAUUCAUUUCUAAAAUGGAGAUAAGUUUAAGAGCACUUUACGAAAUUAUCAUUCAUGUUUUGGGCUCAUUCGUCAGGCUGAUUGUAACUUCCUCCGACAAAUUCUUUCAUUGUCAUCACCCACUUCCACUUCUCUAUUGAACGGUCCGGACCGUAGUUUGGGCUCGUUGGUGCUCCUGACACCUGGGCCAUUCAGCAGGAAUGAAUAUAAAUAUUUCGUACGAAAUUUCUCAAGUUGAAAACGGCGAGGUAAAAUUAGUCUAUUGCAUAACGGUUGAAGGAAUUAUUGGUGUAAAAAUAAAUCAACGGGCAAAAUUUUUAAAUGUAGAGCGGGUUGUUGGUAUGUCUGGACAUGCCUUGAUGUUCAAUCAGUUAAUUGUCGACAUAUCAACUUUCAUUGAAUGCAAUUGUAGGAGCAUAUGAACGCGACACGGUUACGGCAUUAGUUUUGCCAGUUUAAACGGGAUGCGGCCCAGAUAGAUGUGCUAAUAUCUAGAAUUUUGAGUUGUACACCUGCCCAUGAAACACUUCUACCUGUUGAUUGCCAAAAAUUACGAGAAUCGAGGGGAUUUCGGCCAACGAAUCGAUCUGUUGAACGCACGACUCAUUCGCAGACACAAAAGCUCAGAUUAAACUCGAGUAAAAAAAUAGUUUUUGAUGUUUUUUUUUAUUUUUGUAGUGAUGGCAGUGAGUCAAGUAUUUAAAGACAUCUGCUGCCGCGUUCUCACGAUUCUUUGAAGCUUUAAUUAUAUUUUCCGCUCAACAAAAUGAAAAACCUCGGACACCUAAGAGAUACUAUUAAUUUUUUCUCAUAAAUGAAUGAGAUUUAUUCAUAUUAUGUGUUAAAAAUCAUUGUAAAGUCUCACAUUCAACUGUAUAAAAAAUAUAACAAUUGGAUUUAAUGAAAUAUUUUCAUUUCUGACAAUUCCACGAUACUCCAAUGAAUUCAUUCGUCACAAGCUAAUUAAAGCACACAACACAAUCGGAUAUGCACGGAAAGGGGUGAGGGAGGUCGUGUCCAUAUUAUCGACUGUAAAGGUCGAAUCCACAGUUCAUUCUCGUAAAAACUCGAUGAAUCUGUUGAUCGCUGAAUUUCCCCGUUAUAUUUCUCAAAUUCCCGCCUACCAGUCAUCUAAUCAACCGGUCAAAGUUGAAUCUCCGGAAAAUCUUAAGUGUUAAAGAAAACAAAACAGUCCCCUAAUCUUAACGAAUCGAGGCUGUCAGGCACGUGCACAUAAACGGACUCUACUCUAUUUCGUUGUCUUCAGAUAAACAGUUCAAGUGUCAGUGUAUUCCAUGAAUCGAAAUAAAAAAUUAACGAUUCUAGAUCAUCAGAAUUUAAAUUGGACAAUUGUACCAAAGAUUUCGACGCGAUUGAGUGGGUAAUUGACUUGCAAAUCAGAGUUUAGAUAGUUCAGUCCCAUGAAAUGUGCAAUAGACAGUAGAAAAUUGAACACAAUGGUCGUGACGAGGACCUUCAACGGCAUGUGUACUAUAACCCGAAGUAGGAACACCUUCCGGGGUAUUCCUAAGGCAGAACUAGAGCGCAAGACCAAUGCCAUUCUUCAGGCUAUGACGAUUGAGGAACUCUACGCUGCUCUGGUCUACAUGACGCAACAUCAGAUUGGGUAUGAUGUUUCCAAUGAGUGUGGAGUAGAUGCACUUCUUAGCCACCUGCAGCAGGCGUUCAAAGUGGAUAAUGAAAUGCAUGAACAAGUCCUUGAAGAUACUCGAAAUAUGGAGGCCCCCGUGAUGCAUCUGAAUGUUGAAGUGAUCGAAGCCAAGGAACUCAUCUCGAAGGAUUCCAACGGCAAGAGUGACCCUUUCUGCGCACUCUAUCUCGAAUCAGCUCCUACCAGGCGGUACAACACAGCUGUGAAGACAGCAACGUUGACACCAACUUGGGAGGAGCAUUUCGAACUACCUCUAGAAGAUGCUGAAAACGACACCCUGUGCUUAGAAGUUUGGGACUUUGACGCAGCAGAAACCGUCCCCGAGAAAAUGAGUAAAGUGAAAGACGUCAAAGGAGUUCGAGGUCUGGUCAAACUCGCGAAAGAGAUCGCUGUGACAGCCACAACCGGUAGCCACGACAAUGAAUUCAUUGGUCGAAGUAGAAUUCCGCUACGAGACAUACCCGUGUCUGGUCAUACAAUGUGGUAUGCCCUCGAAAAGAAGAACAAAUCAAAGCGCCGAGGAGUUGUCAGACUCCGACUAGCCUUCAGUGCAGAACACAAUACUCAAGUGGCAGCUCAAGAGCACCGACACCUCAUCAGAAUUCUCCUUCUUCACGAACUCGAAAUCGAGAAAGUGGAGAAGUAUUGCUGGUGUGGUAGGUGGUCAGCCCCGGCAGAGGCCCUUAUCCUUCAACACUCUGCACAGAGAGGACUCCUAGCGAGGAUCGUAGCCCUAGCACAAUGGGUUGAAUACUCUAGAAUUCAUCAGCAACAUCCGCUAAACUUUGCAGUCUUCAAUAAACUGGCAGUUGAAUUAGUCAGACCUCUCGAAAAUUGCCUGUUCUCAAGUGACGAGACUAGACUCUUCUGGGAUGCCACGAGAAAGAUCAUUUAUUCCUGUCUGAACAGCAUCAGAAAAAUCCGACGACUUGCUCCUGGAGAUAAAAACGUAAUGGCUCAAAUGGCAGCCAUUCUAGGCAUCCUCUCUUCCAUAUCUUCCCUGGAAAGUCCAAAAGACUUUGAUUUAUUUCCUCCAAAAAUGUUCGGCUGGUUCCCGGAACCCGAUGGUAGCCCCGUGGACAUCAUGAAGGGAUUAGAAUUUACUGUGAUUCAAGGAGGGGCUGAAUGGUUUGAUCACAUUCUCAAUAACAACGCUCCCGAGGCUGAUACAGAUGAUGACGCAUUAAAGUUCCACAUCAAAGUCAUUCAAUUGAUCAGGGCAGAUCUUCAGAGAGCAAUAGAAGUGUAUGAUAGAACCUUCAUUAAGAAAGUGAACUUCCCGUACGCAAGGACUUUGUACGUUUAUUACGAGAAAAGAAUCAGUGACAUGUGCACCAUUAUAAUUGAAGAUGUCUGUCUAAGGCUGAAGAGAAUCGAAUUAGAGAAGGACGACGAUACCGAAUUGACUCUUGGGACAACAUUAUUUGAACUCUAUUUGACCCUCCAGAGAUACGCUGUCUUAGGGACAGUAUUUUGUCUAGACGGUCUUGAGCAUUUAAACAUCCAGAGCUAUCACGAGUGGUUCCGAGCUGGCGUUGGCCACUGGUUGGAUAUAGCAGUUUACAAAGCACUAAAGAGAAUCUCCCGAGCUGUUGAAUUUGAUACCCUUCAACCUGUCGACUCAAAUGUCCAGUACAGUUCAAGUGCAGUCGAUACGUUAACAAUAUUUUAUCAAAUCAAAGUCUUCUGGACACAACUUGCGUGGCCUGAUGUGGAAGGGUCAUACACAUUUAUUGCUAAAAUUAUCGAUGACAUUUGUAAAUGUUCGAUUUCAUACGCGGAUAUGAUGGCAGCUAAGGCCGAGAAGGUAGACAGGGAGACGGAGGAGUCUGAGAAUAAUAGCAGCGUCUAUGAAAAGAAAUUUGAAGUAUCUACCGCCUGGUGUUUUGCUAUUAAUAACAUUGAUUACAUUAGAACGUCAAUUGCACCAUUGGCCAAUGAUUUGGGACUGCAGACGAUUAUCGAGACGUUGGGUGAGAACAAGACUCAACAAGAGGCUGAUCGGUGUCGACAAACUCUUCAGUUGAUCAUUGAUAAUGCCACUGAUACGGUUAAAAAUAAAAUCAUUGAUCUGUUGGAGGUUGUAGCAAACAAAAUGCAGCCGGCAAUGAACAGGUAUCUCAUGGAGGGAGCUGAGUUGAUUGAUACUAUCAGCAAUGCUAUGGAUCGCUUGCUUCAGUAUUUAGACUCGAAUAUCACGACUCUGCAUGAUAAUCUUAAUGAAGACAAUUUCGAAAGGGUGUUGCUCGUUAUUUGGGAGAUCAUGUCUCAGACAUUGUAUCAGUUGGUCAAUAGCAACUUGGAGAAGAGGAGACCACCCUCAUUCUACUCGAAUCUCCAUAGGACCCUUCAUACUUUAAUUAGGUUCUUUAAUUUGGGCGCCGAUGAAACUUCGAAUGUACAAGUACUCAAGAAGAUUGAACGGUUAUUGAAUCUGCAUGGAUUGGAAACUGCUGAACUGAUUCAUCGAUAUCAUCUGGAGCGGUUCCAGGAGCAGAAUGAGAUGGAGGACGCUCUGCAUGGAAUGGUAACGAUCAAGGCACAUUUUGUGGAAAAUUCUUUGGUCGUCCAGAUUUUGAAUGCUAGGAAUCUCAAGGCUAUGGACAGUAAUGGGGAUAUUAUAGGCAAGCUGUCAACUCUUGAGCGAAAACUGCAUUCGAAAAGUAAACAGACUAAACAAAGACUGAAAGAGGUGAAGCCAAGAAAAUGUGAUCCUUAUGUUAAGAUUCGCCUUCUCCCCGAGGAGAAAUUUUAUGAUGUUAAGAUGCCAAAGACUCAUGUGCAGAAGGAAACGCUCUUCCCACUUUUUGAUGAGACUUUCAACAUUCCCCUGACUCCUGAACAACGAAGUAUCGAAGAUGCUAUUCUAGUUUUCGAGGUCAAGGAUAAGGACUUUCUGAGGACAAAAUUUAUGGCUGAGGCGUUCCUUCCGUUCAGUGAAAUCGAGGACACUGGACAUGAACGCGGACUGGAAUCACUGAACCAGACUCAUCUGAAAUUAUCACGACCGAUCGAUAAAACUACUGACGUGAUACGUGCCUUAGAACAUCGGAAAGGAGACAACCAAGCGAUGGAAUUCAUGUCGAAACUCAACGCAAAGUCAAACACGAGAUAAUCUAUACCCAAAAAAAAUUAUUCCUUCGAAAAAUUGUACUUCAGAAUUUAUUUUCUUCCUAAUGCUUUAUCUGUCUAUUUCAAUGAAUGUGAAUUUCAUCGAUGGAAGUCAGACUCUUAUAUAACUGCUACGUAAAAUUGUAGGCUGUGCUGAUCAACGAUGUAUCCAAAAAUUUUAAUUAUUCGAUAAGUUUUCAAGACAUAUCUGUGCAAUUUUUGAAUUAAAAAAUGAGAUAUAAUUACGCAGCUUCAGAGCUAGAAUCAAACUAGUGCCUUACUCGUUCAAUGAACAUUCUCCAAUGGGCAAUAAACUCAUCACCAUUGUUAUGUUAAUUACAUGUUCGAUUUGUAAAUAACUGUUUUACUUUGUAAUAAAGAUAUUUAUAUAAUAAAAA